AUGCCCAAGCACUCUGGAACCACCAACUACUCGACGGCCGAUGUCGACCGCCUCCUCACGCUCGUCAAGAAGAUGCUGCCGCUCGGCAGGGACGAGUGGGAACGCCUCGCUAUGACGUACAACGCCAACAGGCCUCGAGGCUCGCCCGAGCGAGACUUCGAGAGCUUACGGCGUAAGUUCAAGGUGCUUCACAGCACCCGGAAGCCGACCGGCGUGCAGGAGACCCCCCCCCCCCCGCUCAUCAAGAAAGCCAAGGAGGUCAAGCGUGCCAUCGACGACAAGGCCAACGUCGUGGAGAUGGACGACGAGGCCGACAACGACCAGCCCGAC